AUGAAUAUCGUAGAUAGAGUGAUUUCGAUCUCAUAUAGCUAGCUUUCCUUUCAAAGUGAAACGAUUUUCCUUUUACGUUGAGAUAUUUGAAUUGGAUUUUCUUUCACCACUACUAUCGUAACGCACAGAAAACACUGACGUUUCCGCUCGCUUUCAACCACUGCCACUUUACCUUAGCACUGUGACGCAGUCGGUCAAGUAUUGAGUUUCUGCUAGUAUAUCAAGGACUUAUGAGAACUGAAAAGAAAAAAACGAAAAAAGGAAUUCUCAUAGUUCAUUGAAUUAAGGGAGGGCCAUUCGUGGGGGGUUCGUGGAAGAGUUGGGUUCGAUUCCCUUUAUACGCGAUGUGGCGAAAAAGACUGAUUCAACGAAAUAUGCCAUGCCAGCAUUAAGAUUUAAAACGUGUCGUCUACUUCCAGGAAAUGUUCGGAACAGAGAACUUUCUCUAAUCCAACGCCGUAUUCUCCGAAGAUUGAGGAACAAGAGGAGAUCCAUUAAAAGAAAUCUUUCUCGGAGAGAAAAUCUAAACAGUAACAUCAAAUCACAAACUACACGAAAGUUGUCUCUUUAUUAUGGGGAUUUACCCAUAAGGGAGAUGCACAGAGGAAGAGAACGAACUUCAUAUAUCCCUUUUUUACUCAAUCAAGAAACAAGAUCAAACGUGAUUCCGGUUCGUCUCCAUUUUAGUGACACUCUUCCUCAAGCAAGGCAGCCGAUAAGUCAUCGAAGGGUUUGUUUGAAUAAUGGAUUGGUAACCAUUACUCAUUUGAAAGUUUCCCACGGUGAUCUAAUAUCUUUUAAAGAAAAUGACGCGAGAACCCGCGGUUUUGAAAUAAGGAGAUCUUUCUAUAUCGACAUAUCAGUUGGAAAAAUCAUAGGCAAAUUCCUAUCGGCCAUAUCGGUUGGAAAAAGAAGAGGCAAAUUCCUACCGGCCAGAAUCUGGAGAAGAACAAAAAAAGAAUGGUUCCGCUUACUCACAACUCAGAGGGGAUGCCGCUUACUACUCAAAUCCAAGGAAUUGCAAAAGUUGCGUUCUUAUAUGCAAGAAGAAGACUUUGAAAGAACAAAGAAGUUUGGAUCCGCAAAAGUAUGCUUAGGCAGUUCCUUCGCUGAGCACAACAGAAUGAAGAGGAAUUUGUUUCAUUUCAAAUACUUCUUCUUAUUGAAAAGAGGGAAGGAGAAAAACCGAAAUCUUCCUACUCGAACAAUAAGUCCUUUUGUAGAAAAGUCUUCUUUAUAUAGUAAUUCGACCUAUUGCUCCGGAUCCCCGUUUACUAGGAAGAUAAGAAUCAAAAGGAUCGAACUACCUACUCAUUAUUCGGAGGUGAAUCAUAGAACACUAAAAGCUGUGGUAUCUUAUGGACCUAACAUAGGUCACAUCCCUCACGACAUAAGAUUGAAAGAUCCAAACCUUCCUCUUCGGAGCGGAAACGGACGUGGCCAAAACAUAUAAAAAAAGAUCGGCCUAGUCGCUCAUAGGGACAUAUCUAUCCGGAUAGAGGAUAGUCUAGAUCAAUUUUGAGAAAAAUCUCUCUCUAUAUAGAUAGGUAUCUCUGUGGAUAGAGAUAAAGAUAGGGAUCCCUAUAAAUCGAAAUAUAUGGAAAAAGUGCACUUUUUGACUACUACUACUAUUUCUUAGACUUUUUCAAGGAAACAUCGUUUUUUCGAUUUUGACUGAAUUGGUCGGAGCGUAGACGAGCAAGCAGAGCCCAGGAAAGAGGUCAGAUCGUCAUAGAGCAGUCGAAUAUAAGUAUAAGACUGCUGGCCUGAGAGAAGGCAGUCUCUCUCGGGAAACAUGGCCCAAUUUCUCUUCUUUCUUUUCACACGGGCAACAAUUGGGAAUAAAACAGACCAUGAACAUGAGUUUAAAAUGUAAAAAAAAGGGAAGAGUGCAUUCUCCACUUUCUUAUCUCGAAAAUGCGUA